AUGAAGGGCUCCAUUAAACUCUUCCUUCAUCUAGCCAUGCUAAUGGCUUUAGCUACCAUUACUCUUUCAGCUGCAUCAAUGCCAGAAGAAGAUAGAGAGGAAUGGUUCUCUGAUGAGGAAAACGGUGCCCCAGAUGAACCAUCUGAUGAUCUACCUGCGAUUUUAAGCCAACCAAAGACAUCGCUUAGGGGAGCAAGCCGCUUCCUUGCUACUCGAGCUGUUGCAACUACUUGUGACAAAAACCCUAAGGUUUGCAAGGCUGCAGGUAGCGCAGGGAGAGACUGCUGCAAGAAGAAGUGCGUGGAUUUGAAGACGAACAAAGUCAAUUGCGGCAAGUGUGGGAAGAAAUGCAAGUACUCGGAGAUAUGCUGCAAGGGGAAGUGUCUGAAUCCAAUGUCUGACAAGAAAAACUGUGGGAGCUGCAACAUCAAGUGCAAGAAAGGCAGUUCGUGUGUGUAUGGAAUGUGUAGCUAUGCAUAG